AAACACAUUCUCUACUCUUUCUUACAAUCUUCGUUUCAUUCCUCUCUUACCUAUACAUUUCUGUGUGUUUUUCUUCAAUCAAAGAUGAUCAUGAGACCAGACACUCCCCAGGUUAUUGAGAUGCAGCUGCUCCCGGCUAUGAAGGAGGCUAAGGGCAAGCUCGUGAGGGAAGUAGAAAAACAAAGCAUGGAUGAGUUAAUGUUCUGUUUCAAAAACUGCUACACUGAGAAGGAAACUGAGAUGCACAUGACCCAGAAGAUUCCUUCUUCAGUACCUGAGGAUGUGAGAAAGUUCUUUCAGGAUUAUCUAGCCGUGAUCGAGAAAGAGUCAAAAGAGGCGUAUCUUACGGAUGCUGAAUAUUGUGCUAAUGUAAGAAGGAUAAAGGCUCGUGAUAGUUCAAAGGAAGCUAAGAGAAGUCAAGGUGAGGCCAGUACAUCUCACAAAUGCGAACCUAACUGCAACAAACAUUACCCCGAAAUAUAAACAAUUAAUACUAUGAUCAAAUUAUACGUUUUCUAAAUUUCUAGUGUGCGAGCAAAUAAGAGUGGUUUUUGUGUUCAUAUACAACAAAAUCUACGUUUAUGUUUUUCCUUUGUUUAUAGGAGUUGUACUCCCUUUAAUUCCCCUUUGUUUAGGAAUUGGUCUUUGUAAUUCCAAAAUAAAAUAUAGUAUUAUGA